UAAACAUCAUCCAUCAAUAAUUAGCUCAGAAAUCACAUUCACAAACUGGUAGCAUUACCCAUUAAUUGCAAUGACCAGAAAGCCCUUCCAUCUUGCCCAUAUUUCUGGCUACUUUGCUCAACACCUGAACUGCAAGUCUGCAAGAGCCAACCAAAAAGAUUCCAUACCCUAUAUGAAAGAACUUUUUGUAAGAUUUCUUACAUUUUCCUCUGUAUUUUCUUUAAGAACUCAAGUUCUGAUCUUUGAUUAUAUGCAAGCAGAGCUUAGAUGGAUUUGACUGUUGUUAGAGUUUGAAUCUGGGUUAAAUUCAUUUCUUCUUGUUAUUUAAUAAGCAUUUAUCUUUUGAGUCCGUAUUAGAGAUGGAUUGGGGUUUUUUCGAGCAUUUGAAGCCUGCUUCUUUGAAACAUUUCAACUUUGGCAAGUUGAUGACAUGGAAGAGCUGUAAGAGUUGGGGGUUUCAGUCAUUCAAUUUAAUCGUUCUGGUUGGCUCGUUCUUCUUGUUUGUUGUAGUUAUAGGAUCUUGGUUUUUAUCCAAUUUAGAGUCUUUGCAACCAGUAGUUGUUCUUGGUAAUGGGAACAAUGAGCCCAGUUUUUCAAAUAGUGAAUGCAAUCUGUUUGAUGGAAUGUGGGUGCCUGAGGAGAGUUACCCUUUGUACAAUGCCUCAGAGUGCCCCUUUGCCGAGGGGGGAUUCGAUUGUCUUUCUAAUGGUAGGGAAGAUAAUGGGUAUUUGAAGUGGAGGUGGAAGCCUAAGAAUUGCAAGAUUCCUAGGUUUGAUGUGGGAAUGAUCUUGGAGAAGCUCCGGGGGAAAAGGGUUGUGUUUGUUGGGGAUUCUUUGAGUAGGACUCAGUGGGAGUCGAUGAUUUGUAUGCUCAUGACAGGGGUUGAGGAUAAGAAGAGUGUGUAUGAAGUUAACGGGAAUCAGAUCACUAAGCAGAUUGGGUAUUUAGGGGUUCGGUUUAGCUCCUUUGAUUUUACAGUGGAGUUCUAUAGGUCAGUUUUCCUUGUACAGCCAGGCCGGGCGCCUAAAGGGGCACCAAAGAGGGUGAAAUCAUCGUUGAAGCUCGACAAGAUGGAUGAUAUGAGUAAAGAGUGGGUAGAUUCUGAUAUUUUGAUCUUCAAUACUGGGCAUUGGUGGACGCCUACAAAGCUUUUUGAAAUGGGCUGCUACUUCCAGAUUAGUGGAAGGAUGAAACUUGGGAUGUCAAUUAACAAUGCCUUUAGGAAAGCAUUAUCUACAUGGCAAUCCUGGGUUGAGAACGAAGUCAACCCAAAGAGGACUCGGGUGUUCUUUCGAACUUUUGAAUCCACUCACUGGAGUUCUGGGAUCCGACAAAAUUGCAAUGUAACACAGCAGCCUUGGUCGGAAACUAGAGGGAGGGAGAAGAGCAUAUUUUCUGACAUCAUUAUGAAUGCGGUGAAUAAUUUAUCGGUUCCUGUAACGCCACUCGAUGUUUCGUUCAUGGGGGCGUUCCGUGCUGAUGCACAUGUCGGGACAUGGAGCGACAAUCCAAAGGUACCGGAUUGUAGCCAUUGGUGCUUACCCGGUGUGCCCGAUGAAUGGAAUGAACUUCUUUUCGCGUUUCUGUUUUCAGAACAGUGAUACCUGUAAGUGACUCUUUGCUACUAUUUCUCUUUUGUGUGUGCUUAUUCUGUAUGAUUAUAUAUACCUUCCUCCAUUGCCAGGUUUUUGAUGAUUUCGUCUUUAGCCAAAUUGCAGAGGACUUCUCAGAAGUUAGUUUUGUUGCCACAUCUGUGUUUCUGCUCCAUGGUGUUCUUUCUUACUUUUUUCCACUGGUAAUUCUUUUAGAUGUCAAUACAAGCUAGCUGAGAGAGAGAGAGAGAGAGAUUGUGAAUGUGUGUAUCUAAAACAAAUUGUUUCUAAUUGAGAUUUAUUUGUAAGAGCAUAA